AGCAUUUAAACAGCUUCCUUUUAAACAACCAAAACCCCUCCCCACGAUAUUCGUCUCCGAGGUCUCUCCCUCUGUUUCCUCUGCUUCGUCUUUUCCCGUCUUCCACGGCUCCGGCCGCCGUCGCUUCCGUACUCGUCGGUGUAACCGCCGGACGGCCGGCGCCGUCGUGAGGUGGAGGAGAGGGCUUGAAGUUUGGGUUCGGAUCGGCGGGGUGGAGGGGAGUAAUACUGGCUGGGAGGCAGUUGGGGGGGUGUAAUUUGGGGCAUUGAUGGCGGAGCCCCGAAGGGUGGUGGCUCCUGUACCUGUGUAGCUCUGCGCCCCCUCCUUUAUUGCUUUUAAUUUCCCUCCCAAUUCCAUCGGCUUCCUUCCUUGGCUUCUCCCCCCCCAAUUCUACCCUCUGCCUAUAGUUUCAACGCGGACGACGCCGCACGGGUAGCAGUGCAUAGCAGUACUAGUGGCCUGGUGGGCGCGGUCGCGGGAUGGCGAGUGGCGGCGGCGGGAGGAGGAGUUGAUGAUGCGCAUGCCGCGUGGUGGCGCCCGCGGGCUCUGGGCGGCGCUGCUGCUCGCCCUGCUUCUGGCGGCGGCGGCGCCCGGGGCAGUGGUGGGGCAGCAGGGUGGCAACCUGACGUCGCUGGCGGAUCUCGCCGCGCUCUACGCGCUGCGGGGCUCGCUCGGUCUGCGGGCGCGGGACUGGCCGCGGAAGGCCGACCCGUGCUCCGCGUGGGCGGGGGUGGGCUGCCGCGCCGGCCGCGUCGUGUCACUCAGCCUCGCCGGCCUCAGGCGCACGCGGCUGGGCCGCCUGGCCCCGCGCUUCGACGUCGGCGGGCUGCGCAACCUCUCGCGGCUCGAGGCCUUCAGCGCCGCGGGGUUCGGGCUCCCUGGCUCCAUCCCGGCGUGGCUCGGCGCGGGGCUGCCGCCCACCUUCCAGGUCCUCGACAUCUCCGCCUGCGCCGUCACGGGGGAGAUCGCCGCCUCGGCCAUCUCUGGCCUCACCAACCUCACCACCCUCAACCUCGCCGGGAAUCUACUGUCGGGGCAGCUACCGGCAGCCGCGCUGGCGGGGCUCCCAAGGCUAAGGACCGUCAACCUCUCCGGCAAUGCGUUCUCGGGCGCGCUGCCUGACGCGGUGUGGUCGCUCCCGGAGCUGAGCGUCCUCGAUGUGUCUAAAACCAACCUCACCGGCGCAUUGCCGGGUGCUGGGCUUUCGCCACCAGCCAGCUUGCAGGUGGUGGAUCUCUCUGAGAACCUCUUCUAUGGCGCCGUGCCAGAAUCCUUCCGUCAACUCUUCAGCAGGGUGUUGAUAGCCAAUAUCUCUGCGAAUUACUUUGAAGGAAAGCUAGGUGUAUCCAGUGUUGCUGGUCGAAAUGUGUCAUCUGCCUUGAAUUGCUUCCUUGAUGUUGGCAGGCAGCGUAGCCAGUCUGAUUGCCAAGAGUUCUAUGCUGGGCGCGGGUUGCCAUUUGAUGGGCCGAUUGCUGCACCGACACCACAGCCUGUGCCGCCAGCAGCAACGGGGAAGAAGAAGCGCAAAAAAUUGAAGUACAUACUGAUUGGGGCUAUCGUUGGCGGGGUCCUGCUUUUAGCCGUUGUUGCAGCCGUUGUGUUUUGUGUCGUGUGUUCUGGGAGGAGAAGGAAUGAUCAAAGGGAAAGUGGGGCACCAAGUGCACCGUCUGGGGUGCCAGGGACUGCCAGGGCAGCAGCUGCUGGCGAUGCGCAGCCUUCUACUUCGUCCGCAAACUUGGCAAAGGUUGGUGAUUCAUUUGCUUACGACCAGCUCGCCAAUGCCACCUCAGGAUUUUUGGAAGAGAGGAUUAUCAAGCACGGUCACUCAGGCGAUCUGUACCAUGGUGUGCUUGAAGACGGAACCACUGUGGUUGUGAAGAGGAUUGGUUCCCGUGUGGCAAGGAAAGAUGCAUAUAUGACGGAGUUAGAUUUAUUUGCCAAGGGAUUACAUGAAAGGCUGGUGCCGUUCAUGGGUCAUUGCCUUGAUAAAGAGGACGAGAAGGUUCUUGUGUAUAGGUUUGUCCGGAAUGGCGACUUGUCGAGUUCGUUGCACAGAAAGUCAGGGGAGCAAGAGGAGGGAAUGCAAUCUUUAGACUGGAUAAAGCGGUUGAAAAUUGCAACAGGGGUGGCUGAGGCACUGUGCUACCUUCACCACGAGUGUACUCCACCCAUGGUUCACAGGGAUGUGCAAGCCAGCAGUAUCCUCCUUGAUGAUAAAUUUGAAGUGCGUCUUGGGAGUUUGAGUGAGGUGUGUCCUCAAGAAGGAGAAAGUCACCAAAAUGUCAUCACAAAGCUGUUGAGAUUCUCAUCGACAGCGGAUCAAAGUUCUUCUGGUCCUCCUUCUGCAACAUGUUCAUAUGAUGUCUACUGCUUUGGAAAAGUUUUGCUGGAGCUGGUGACAGGGAGACUUGGUAUCAGUGCAUCCAGUGAUGCUACAACAAGUGAAUUGCUUGAUAACACCCUGAGGUACAUCAACAUUUAUGAGAAGGAGCUCAUGAGCAAGAUCAUUGAUCCAUCCCUUAUCAUUGAUGAGGAUCAUUUGGAGGAAGUCUGGGCAAUGGCGAUUGUUGCCAAGUCCUGCUUGAAUCCUAGGUCUUCGAAACGCCCGCCAAUGAAAUAUAUCCUAAAAGCACUAGAGAAUCCCUUGAAAGUAGUCAGAGAAGACAAUGGCUCUAGCUCGGCCAGGUUGAGAGCAACAUCUUCGAGGGGCUCAUGGAAUGCUGCAUUCUUUGGAAGUUGGCGGCAUAGCUCGUCUGAAAUCGGUCCUUCAAGGGAUGACAACAUGUUUAAACGCUCAGAAACAAUCAAAUCGUCUGGAGGGAGCAAUGGUGAUCAUUCUUCCUCCCGCAGAAGGCAAUCUAAGGAAAUCUUCCCCGAGCCAUCUGGUUCUCGUGACACUGAGGAUUAAGGAUAUUUCUUUCUUUCUUUUCGCGAUCCUUUGGGUUAACAGAGGUGGCUCUGUUGAAGCUCUGCUGCCAGCGGUGUGAUUAUAUUCUUUCAGCUGAAAAGCCGGAGCACGAAUUCACGUAUUGCCGAUGACUUCACAAGCAGCAUACUGUCGCCAAGGCACCAUUUUUUGGGGGUGGAGUGUGAGGUGAUCGUGUGGAGGUUGGUGUACCUUGCCCGGUGCACUGUUUAACUUUGGAUGUUGGGCGUGGAGUCGCCCUGGUUUCUCUCCGCCAUCUUUCUUUUCCUUUUACCUGCUCAUGAUUAAAGAAAGAACGUCGAGCUGAUUCUUUUUUCUCCUUCCAGCUGUAAUUGAUUGUUUCAUUGGUGAUCAUAGCAAAAAUGUUCGUUCCAUUUCA